AUGCGUGGAAUCAACCAUCAACCCUUCAUCGUUACCUGUACUAAUACUGUUUUUCUUGCCAUCCGGAUAGGUGCUCCAGCCAGCUCUGCCUUUUCCGUCGCUGUUGCUAUAGAUUCGAGCGGUUCCAAGAAUGCAAAGACUACCGACCAAACACUGGUCUUCAAUCUUGACAUCCAAGAAUCUUCAGAGGCUUGUAACGAGGCUAAAGUAAGAAUCGACGGAUUCCUGCUCUCUCAAGAUGACAACGGCACCGGCCAGGGCACAUUCGCCUCGCUGGAUGGACACACUGUCACUGCGAGCUGGAACUUCACUUGCAAGGAGCACGUACGACGGGUGCCCUGGGACCAAGACUUGGCAUUGACAAUCAUGUCUUUGGAUGGAGAGGCUGUUCCUGAGACGACCUUCUUCACCAGCUUCAGACAACGAACCCCUGUCAAAGUCUACGACAUUGGGGGAGAUUCCGUUGUUUACACAACCGAAGGCCACGCGCCCACUCGAGUCGACCAAGAAAAGCUUCUGGAGAAGGUGAAGGAAGUCACUGGCCUGACACAAGUCGACGAUGAGGUCAAGGCCGAAAUCAAAGGCAUCCUUUCCAUGGAGCAGCAGAUCAACGAGCUUAGAGAACUCGUUGUGGUCAAGCAGCGGAAAGUAUUGGACGGGCUAGGAAUGAGCCCCCCAGCUUCAGCCUUCAACUUGCAGACAUUUUAUCAAACGGCUAGGCUCGCCUCUUCUACUCUCCGAGGCACCAUGGAGCACUGGGUGGAUUCUGUGCUCGGAUACUCGCCUGAUAAAAAUCACCGCCAUCGGCACCACCGCCAUCCUCACCGCUAUCCCCAUCACCGAGAAGAUGACCUUGUUGUAAGCAUGCAAGUGGAUGGUGAGGGAGGCCAACACUUUUUCUAUUACCGCGAUCGUAAUAGCAACUCUACCAGACUAACACCUGUCCAUUCCCGAAGACACGUCACCUACGCCCCCCUAUUCGCAAUCAUCUUUACCUUUCACCUGGGCCUUUUCUUUAUUCUCCGAUCCAUCCGCCAGCGAAGCCACACACGCCGGGCGAGAAACCUCAGCAACCGCCAACACCGUCGCGAAGCUCGAGCCCAACGCCGCUGCCAAAGGCAAGCCCGCCGAGCCGACUUUAAGCAAAGCAUCCAGAAUUUCCUUUGUAAUUUCCAGGAUUUGUUCCGCACCAAGCACAUUGAACUUAACGAAAAGACAAGCAUGUUGAUCAAUUCACGGGAUGAGGAGGAUGCCACGAUGGAGGACGAGCUUGCGUCUUUCCAGGAGGCAGCCUCUGUAGUCAGUGACAUGGUAGCUGCUGAAGAAGAGAGGAGGGCGGCGAGGAGGGACGAGUCGCUGCCGCCGAGGAUCACUGAGGACGUGAGCCCUCCGGCGUAUGAUGAAGCGAGGGAAAGAUAUGAUGAGAAGAGACCCGAUGGGAAUUGA